UCAAAACUGUUACGAUAGCUAUUUAUAAGUACUUUGAAUAUAGGCAUGGAAUAAAUAUGUUUAAAUAUUUAGCCGUUGUUUUUUCGUUAUUAAUAUUUGUAGAAUCCGGAAAUAGAUGGCAUACAUCACAAAUAAUGUUAACGAAAUUAUAUGAUCUGCAAAACGAUCAUUUUAAUGUCUUGGAUAAUUACUUGGAUUUGGAGACAAAACGUUUGGAAGAAUUAAAAAAUUAUGUAGCUGCAGUAUAUGAAUGGCGUGAUCACAUAAAAACCAACAAAGACUUCUUACACAAUCACUUGGAUGUUUUUAAAUUUAUGACACAAAUGCACCAACAUUUUUUUAAAAGUGAUGAUUUAAUAAAAAAUAAACAAUCUAUAGAAGCGUUAAAAGAUAUCGACGACCACAAAGAUCUUAGUGGUGAUCAUAUAUUGUGGGCACACCGAGCAUUGAGGAGACUACAAUUAUUUUAUGCGAUUCCUGCAUCAGACAUGUCGGCAGGUAGAAUUAAUGAAAAAGUUAUAGGCGAUCGAAUGGAUGCAUGUGAAUGUUACGUCAUGGCGAAGUACUGUUUAGAGGGAAACGAUCCGUAUGGCGUCCUAGAUUGGGCUUUUGAAGCGUAUCAAAAAUGGGAAAGUCACGGUCGACCAGAAUGUGUAGAUCCCGACAUUUUAAAUUACUACAUAGUAUCAUCAUCAGUAUAUACAGGAUUUAACUUAACGAGUUUAUUAAACCUAAGUGGAUCAAAUUAUCAAGAAUAUACUGAAAAAUUUGUGUUUUACUAUCCCCUUAUGAAAAAUGAAUUGUUUGAGCUGGAAAAGGAGAGUGCAGUGGAUAUAAUGGAAGUAUAUAAUUAUUUUGAUGGUAGUGAAGAUAUAAAUGAAUUUAGAAAUUUAUGUAAACAUGGGGUAUCUUUACGAACAUUAACAAAAUACUCAAAAUGUAGAUACCAAACGAACAAUUUAUUUUACCGAAUAUUGAUGCCCUUUAAAGAAGAAGACAUUAAUAGCGAGCCAUUCAUUAAAAUAUAUCAUGAUGUAUUAUAUGAUGACGAGAUCUUGAAAAUUAAAACGAUGAGCUUAGCUAACAUGAGUGAUGCAAAAGUCAAAACAUCCAACGAUUCCAUAUUACGAGAACGAAGUCGUUCAGGUCAAGUCUACAGGAUGAACGAAGUUGAUGCUAUUGAAUAUUUUGAUGCACUAAAUACUCGUAUUGAAUCUUUUACCGGAUUUUCUACAAAGACAGCUGAGCGAUAUCAAAUAGUUAAUUAUGGUUUAGGUGGACAUUAUUUUCCGCAUUUUGAUACAUUUAAAAAAGGAACUGAAAAUAUGGAGUUUGGUAACAGAUUAGUAACCGUAUUAUUUUAUUUGACUGAUGUUCAAAACGAUGGUUAUACGUCAUUUCCUAUGCUAAAUAUUAUUGCUCCGGCUGAAAAAGGAUCUGCGUUGGUUUGGAAUAAUUUGCAUAUGUCUGAUGGACAAUUAUGCUAUGAAUCUCUUCAUGGAGCAUGUCCUUUAUUGAAAGGAAAUAAAUGGAGUAAGUAUACUGCACUACUCAGGGCCGUCCUGAAAAACAAAUCAUGGGGGGGCUUGAUUCAUUAAUUUGCCAACUCAAAAAAAAAAAUGUUCUCGCUCCGCUCGAAUUGUAACUAUUAUUAUUUAUUUACUAACAUACAUCUCAAUAACUCAUUAACAAAGGCAUAUAUAUUCACUAU